UGUGUGGAGCGGGGGAGGGGGCGUUCCUCCUCACACUUGCGGAGGAUGGGGAAGGGUGUUUGGUGUUGCUAAGCAAAGGCUGCGACUUGGUCAGUGCGAGCUUGUGGUGACAUCUUGAUUAGGCCUUGGGGACAGAUGUAGAGCUGCCUGGGGUGAAAUGCCGAGACAGGCUGGGGUGGGAAUGGGUCAUAAAAGAACCUAGGUAAAGAGGGGUGCCCCGGCAGCAGAUGCCUCCACCUGGAACUGAGAUGCCAGGGGCCUCAGCCUCCUCCCCACAAUAGAGCUGGGGAUGGGCGUCUUUCUCUGCUCAAGUCCCCAGUCUUCCCUGCCAGCAGGCUAGCAUCCCGCCCCCUGGAGCCCAUGGUCAAGAAGGCAAAGCAGUUAGGACGAGGUCCCUUCAGAAAAGCGUGGAGGCUCUGGGACCCCACAGCUGGCUCCUCCCUCUCUUUGGAGGAAUGGAGGAAGGGCAGCAGGACCCGAGGGCUGGGCCCCCUCAACUGGGAAACACAUCUAGCUGGUGGGACACUGCUCCAGUUCCUUUCUCUCCUUCCUGCUUUUCUGCCCUUUACCCACCUCCUGGUUCCUCUGAUGUGAACCUCAUGAUUUGGCUUUGCCCUCCAGGGGGUUUGGAUUCAGCCAACCUAGGAUGACUUUGACCAAGAAAAUUUCUCAGAGACCUAAGGGCAACCCUAAUUCUCGGCUUUGAUAGUCUGGAAUUUCUCGGGAGUCCCAGGCAUUUGAAAUUCCCUCACUGGGUUUUCUGGGGCCGAGAGAGGAACUGCUGAACUUUCUAAAUCGGACUCUUGUUCUCUUCACCAUCCGGAUAAAACUCAAAAUCCCUGGAGCCCCCAAAGACUUUCUAACCCCUGAAAUUGAUUUAUUUCGGGUAUUAGUUCCAUAAAAGUCAACCUGAGCCUGUUUCGCCUCUUACCUGUAUCCUAGGGAGGGCAAUGGCAUCAAAGAGCCUCUUGAACUACAGGUGUGACCCUGGAAGUACCUGCUCCUCCUGUACCCAGGCCUUAAGAGGGAGAGCUGAAGAGAACGUUUUCCCCUUACUGUCCCUAAAUAUCCCUUUAAGGAUGUUUUCCCCAUAUAUCAAGCCCCAGGCCCCAAAAGGCAGCCUCAGCCCAGUAGGCUGGGACCAGCGAUGGAUUUCCAGCAACCUCACUCAUCCUUUUAGGGUUAAGGACUUAGCACCAGGCCCCGGAGCCCUGUUCUUCCCCCAUUACUAACAUCCAGUAAUUUAGGACAAGUCAGCCCUUUCAGCCCUUCCAACCUUAGCAAACCCUACUCAGUUAAAAGGACAUAUUUUAAAACUGGGUCUGAGUCUACAGGUCUCAACCCACAGCUCUGAGAUGCUCACUUGGUGAUAUGUGUGUGGUAUUGAUAGGGGGCAACAUUUUUUUUUUUUUUUUUUUUUAGAUAACCACGGCUCAUCUAAAGAGCCGCAGCUGGGGAACCUCGGUUUCAAGCCGUAAGGCUUCUUCGAUAGGUAGUGAAUGAAUGUCCUCAGGCUUUGAUGGGCUAGAGUGGGGGAAAUGGGACUUUUAGUAGAGGAGAUGAAUGGGAAAUGGUCCCAAAGUCCUGAGUGGUUGUUUUCUUCCCACUGACCAAAGCUGGAGAGGGAUCCCUCAGGAGGGUGUGUUCCGGAUUUCUUGCCUCAGGCCCAAGACUCCAACCAUUUUAUAAUGGAAUCUUUAUUUUGUGAAAGUAGCGGGGACUCAUCUCUGGAGAAGGAAUUCCUUGGGGCCCCAGUGGGGCCCUCAGUGAGCACCCCCAACAGCCAGCACUCUUCUCCCAGCCGCUCACUCAGUGCCAACUCCAUCAAGGUGGAGAUGUACAGUGAUGAGGAGUCGAGCAGACUGCUGGGGCCGGACGAGCGUCUCCUGGAGAAGGAUGACAGUGUGAUCGUGGAAGACUCCUUGUCGGAGCCCUUGGGCUACUGUGAUGGAAGCGGGCCGGAGCCUCACUCCCCGGGGGGCAUCCGCCUGCCCAAUGGCAAGCUCAAGUGUGACGUCUGCGGCAUGGUCUGCAUUGGACCCAAUGUGCUCAUGGUGCACAAGCGCAGCCACACGGGGGAAAGGCCCUUCCACUGCAACCAGUGCGGUGCCUCCUUCACCCAGAAGGGCAACCUGCUGCGUCACAUCAAGCUGCACUCCGGGGAGAAGCCCUUCAAGUGCCCCUUCUGCAACUAUGCCUGCCGCCGGCGAGACGCGCUCACUGGCCACCUCCGCACACACUCGGUCUCCUCCCCUACGGUGGGCAAGCCCUACAAGUGCAACUACUGCGGCCGGAGCUACAAACAGCAGAGCACCCUGGAGGAGCACAAGGAGCGGUGCCAUAACUACCUGCAGAGUCUCAGCACUGAAGCCCAAGCUCUGGCUGGCCAAUCAGGUGAUGAGAUACGGGACCUGGAGAUGGUGCCAGACUCCAUGCUGCACUCAUCCUCUGAGAGGCCAACUUUCAUUGACCGUUUGGCUAACAGCCUCACCAAACGCAAGCGUUCCACCCCCCAGAAGUUUGUAGGUGAGAAGCAGAUGCGCUUCAACCUCUCAGACCUCCCCUACGAUGUGAACUCGGGCGGCUACGAGAAGGACGUGGAGCUGGUGGCACACCACGGCCUGGAGCCUGGCUUCGGAGGUUCUCUGGCCUUUGUGGGGGCCGAACAUCUGCGUCCCCUCCGCCUCCCGCCCACCAAUUGCAUCUCAGAACUCACGCCCGUCAUCAGCUCUGUCUACACUCAAAUGCAGCCCCUCCCUGGCCGACUGGAGCUUCCGGGGUCCCGGGAAGCAGGUGAGGGGCCCGAGGAUCUAGCUGAUGGAGGUCCCCUCCUCUACCGGGCCCGAGGCCCCCUGACUGACCCUGGGGCCUCCCCCAGCAAUGGCUGCCAGGACUCCACAGAUACAGAGAGCAACCACGAAGAUCGAGUUGGGGGGGUGGUGUCACUCCCUCAGGGCCCCCCACCCCAGCCUCCUCCCACCAUUGUGGUGGGCCGGCCCAGUCCUGCCUACGCCAAAGAGGACCCCAAGCCACAGGAGGGGUUACUGCGGGGCACCCCAGGCCCCUCCAAGGAAGUGCUUCGGGUGGUGGGUGAGAGUGGUGAGCCGGUGAAGGCCUUCAAGUGCGAGCACUGCCGCAUCCUCUUCCUGGACCAUGUCAUGUUCACUAUCCACAUGGGCUGCCACGGCUUCCGAGACCCUUUCGAGUGCAACAUCUGUGGUUACCACAGCCAGGACCGGUACGAGUUCUCUUCCCACAUUGUUCGGGGGGAGCACAAGGUGGGCUAGCAACCUCCUGCCCCACCGCAGUCCACCACUCCACUGCCCUGCCUGCAGGAGGCUAGCCCUGCCCCCACCAUGUCCCUAGCAGUUGGGUUGUGUAGCCCCCACCACUGGCUACCUGACUUCACCCUUGACCCUGACCCGUCCUCACCCGUGCCCCUCCUCCCCCCGACUGAUCUAAGCGUUGUGAUGAAACAGGUCUUUUGCUUAUCUUUCUCCUUUUUCUCUUCUCCUUUCAUCCCACCAUACUCACUGAGUUAUUUAUUAAUAUAAUUUGUUGAGUUUUCUUUUGCUUCUUUUUUUUUAACUUAUAUCGCUUACCACACCCCCACCUUCCUGCCCAGUCCCCUUCCACUUUAGGCCUAAUUUUUCUCUUUGCGCUUUCUCCAGCAGCCCCAGGAGUAGGAAGCUCCUCUUAGUGCUAAGAGGCCUUGGGCUUCCUGAUUUAGGUCCUCAUCUUUUGCCGUAUCUGAUUCUUCCGUUUUGAUGCUGAUCGCUCUCUCUAUUCCUACCUUAGCUCUGUGGCAUUACCUCUGCUCUCUGGGACCCUUCAACCUGGUACUCCAUACCUCUUGUGCCCUCUCACCUUAGGCAGCUUGCACAACUCCUGAUCAAAUGAAGAAAUCCCUCAUUUGGAAGUAGGAGAGGCUGAAGAAAUUCUCCCCAGGCACCCUGGGACUGAGGGUCCUCUUGACAUCCCACUAGGAAUUAGAGUUCCCCAAAGCCCACAUUCGGGAUCUGCCUCUCCAAUGUGAUCUCUCUCUUCUCUCCUCGAACAACCCCCAACACUGCUUACUCUCUUCAAACUGCCCGUCUACUCAGUGGUGGUUUUUCUCUCCUUGGAAUGCCCCGACUUUAUAUUCUCAGGGGCCAAGGCUAGGUCAGCAAUCCUCUGUCUCUGACACGUGUGGAGCCACAGGUGCCUAACUGGGAACCAGGGAAGGGAAUGGGUCAAAAUUCCUCUCUUUCUCUCCCACCUCUCAAACUUCCUCACUCUAGUGACCUACUUGGGCUCUCAGGGGCUCCUAGGUCCCUGUCCUGUGAGAAACUGGUGGGUUGCUGCCUGAUAACAAGGGGGUAUCCUCAGCCCCCAAGUCAUGCUGCCUUCUUCCCCCUAGCAGGAUUCACCCUCUCAUCCCCGGACUCCUGGGCCCUGUUCUUAGGAUCAGUGGCAGGGAGAAAAGGAUGUCUCUUUUCUCUCUCCUAACUCUCAGUAUAACCAAAAAUUAUCCCCAGGAUGAGCAAGGGCAUAGGCCCCUCUCCCCAUUCCACUCUUGUGCCAGCAAGAAUGGGAUGGACACAACUGAGCUGGGAGAGUCAUCCUUUACUACCCCCUCUACACUCAGCUCCCAGAUGUAGGGCAGGAGGGGGCACUCUCCUGGCUGCUGCAGAGACUCCUGGCUAUUUGGGUAACCUAGAUAGUGAGACGGGGGCAGGAGGAGAUAGCCAAGUGGAGGUCUCUUUCGACAAGAGUUCCCUGCCCAAGGCCACAGCCAUCCCAUUCUCUGCUUCCUUGAGAUUCAAACCAAAGCCUGUUUUUCUAUAUUUAAAGAUUAAAAAGUAAAAACCAAACAGAACACCUCACAAGUUGUAACACUUGGUCCUUUCUCUCUCUCUCUCUCUCUCUCUCUCCCCCCACUUUUCUCUCCCCUUCCAUUUUUCUUUCCACAUGUCCUUUCCUUAUUGGCUCUUUUGCCUCCUACUUUUCUCACUCCCUAUCAGGGAUAAUUCAGGGGGAUGGUAAAGGGUUGGCUAAGGAACAGACCCUGGGAUUGGGGCUCUUAAGGGCUCUAAGAGAGUCUACCUUAUCCUAUUAUGGGAAGGGAGACCCUAAAAACUUCUUUCUCCUCUUCUCCCCCACUAUGUGGUCUCCCCAAGAGAACCAGAUUGUCAGGGAGGGACACUGUGGGUUGAUUGUUUCUCCUUGACAAUGUAGCAAUAAACAGAUGCUGCCAAGGGCAGGGGAUCAGGGAGCCACUUGGGAGGCGAGUGGUCUCUGGAGAAGGGGAGAGUCUUCUUGAGAGCACCCCCAGGGAACUGGCUCCUUGUUUCGGAAUGGCAGCAGAGUUGAGAUUCAUAUCUGGGGUUCCCCUCAAUUCUCCUGGUUAUCGAGCCCCUUCCUAUUAGACCUGCCCUCACCACCUCUUCUGCGUCUGCUGUGUAUUUGGUGAUACCUCAUAAGGACUAGUCCCUUCUGGGGUAUCAGAGCCUUGGGGUGCCUCAUCCCCUCCCUGUCAGUUUUGGCACCUGUAACCUCCUGGAACAUGAAGGACUAUGCUCUGAGGCCAUACUCUGAGCCCAUGAGAGCAGAGACUGGAAGGGCAAGACCAGGUGCUAAGGAGGGGAGAGAAGGGCACUCUGUCUCUCUCCAGACCAUCACUGCACUUUAACCAGGGUCUUAGGUACAAAAUCCUACUUUCCAGAGCCUUCCAGCUCUGGAACCUCAAACAUCCUCAUGCUCUCUCCCAGCUCCUUUUGCAUAAAAAAAAAAAAAAAAAGUAAGAAAAAACACACAUUGAAACCCACAUGGAGAAAAGAGGUGUUUUCCUUUUAUAUUGAUAUUUAAAAUCAACACCACACAAAAAAAUUUCUAAAUAGACACUUUUCCAGACCUUUGUUUUUUCGUGUCAGUGUCCAAGCUGCGGAUGCGAUUUUGUAAUACUUCUGGCAGCUUCUUUCCUUGUGUACAUAAUAUAUAUAUAAUAUAUAUUUUUAAUCAGAAGUUAUGAGAACAAAAGAAAAAAUAAAACACAGAAGUAAGUGCAAUACCACCUCUCUUCUCUCUCUCCCAGGGUUUCAUUUGUAGCCUAUGCUUGGUGUCUCCUUGGAUCUUACCCCUUCACCUCCUCCUCUUCCUCUGGGGCCCCCUCCCUCCUUUUUUUUUUUUUUAAAGAGUUUUUCUCCUUUCUCAAGAGGAGUUAAACUAGCUUUUGAGACUUAUUGCAAAGCAUUUUGUAUAUGUAAUAUAUUGUAAGUAAAUAUUUGUGUAACGGAGAUAUACUACUGUAAGUUUUGUACUGUACUGGCUGAAGGUCUGUUAUAAAUAAACAUGAGUAAUUUAACACCC